AUGGACCUUCCUCUUGGCUAUAACCUUCUUAAACCUCCCAAACAGGGGGAGUGUCAAUUGGUUUGCAAAUUACACAAGUCUAUAUACGGCCUUAAACAAGCCUCAAGGCAGUGGAAUUCCAAGUUUUCUCUUUCUCUUAUUCAGCAUGGUUUCAUCCAGUCUAAAGCUGAUUACUCUCUUUUUACGAAGGGCACAGGAGAUAACUUUGUAGCCUUAUUGGUGUAUGUUGAUGAUAUAGUCAUUGCAGGGCCUAACAUGCAGGUUAUUAAAGAAUUGAAGGAAUACUUGCACUCUCAAUUCAAACUCAAGGAUUUGGGCUGUUUAAAAUUUUUCUUGGGAAUUGAAAUUGUGCGAGCAGCAUCAGGAAUUAUCAUUUCACAGAGGCAAUAUACAUUACAAAUGAUUGAAGAUGCCGGCUAUUUGGAUUGCAAACCAGUUAGCAGUCCCAUGGAUCCAAAGGUUAUUCUUAGCUCACUUGAUGGAGAAUUGCUGUCAGAUGCAUCCCAAUACAGGAGGCUCAUUGGAAGAUUGAUUUACUUAACUCUCACUCGACUGGAUAUUACAUUUGCGGUACACAAGUUGAGCCAAUUUAUGUCUCAACCAAGAUUACCUCAUCUCAAGGCCGUUCAUCACCUUCUUCGCUAUUUGAAAGGAAGUCCUGGCCAAGGUCUUUUUUUUUCUUCUAAUUCAUUGUCAGGUUCAGAUUCCCUCAUCAAACUUCAGGCUUUUUCUGAUGCUGACUGGGGAUCCUGUGUUGAUACACGAAAAUCCACUACUGGCUUUUGCAUUUUCAUUGGUGGUUCACUAGUUUCUUGGAAGUCUAAGCGUCAACCAACCAUUUCUCGUUCUUCAGCAGAGGCAGAAUACCGGGCUCUUGCAGCAACAGUCAGUGAGCUCACUUGGAUAAAUCAAUUAUUGGUGGAUUUUCAGGUCGCCAACACUUCACCAGCUAUAAUCUACUGUGAUAAUCUGGCUGCCAUUCAGAUUGCAAAGAAUCCAACUUUUCAUGAGCGAACAAAGCACAUUGAGAUCGAUCUUCAUUUCAUUCGUGACAAGAUCACCGCUGGGGCGAUUAAGGUCCUUCCAGUCAGAUCACAGCACCAGCUCGCUGAUGCCUUCACAAAGCCUCUACCAGCUUCCAUACUUUCUCCCUUAAUGACCAAGAUGUGUGUAAAAAAUAUUUACAGCACAUCUUGA